GCGUCACCACCAAUCACUGAACGCCACGUCUCAACAACGAGCUCCUCAUUCCUCCGUCUCCGCCAACGGUGACGGCCCUCACAUAAUUUUCAUUUUCAAUCAUAAUCUCCAUUUUCUCCGUCUCUCCCGUAGAAAAUUCAGACCUUCUCUCGCUAAGAACAUAGCGAUGUCGCUGGGGGGAUCGUUUCUUUCCCGAAAGUUCUCGAGAUCAGUAAGGGAUGCGGUGGCUAGGAAAUCGACGUCGUUGUCGUCGACGGCAUCAGCCCGCCUCGGCCUCGACUUGGGCUGCUAUCAGCCGUCGUACGAGCGGGAUCUAGACGACGGUGAUUCUUGGUCCAGCUUGCUUCCGGAGUUGUUGGGAGAGAUCAUGAAGCGCGUAGACGACAGUGAGGAUCGGUGGCCUAAGCGUCAGAGCGUCGUCGCUUGCGCCGGCGUUUGUAAGAAAUGGAGAGAAGCUAUCAAGGAGAUCGUUAGGGCUUCUCAAAAUAGCGGCAAUAUUACAUUUCCUUCCUGCCUAAAACAGCCUGGUCCACGCGAUUCACCAAAACAGUGUCUUAUAAGACGGCAUAAGAGGAGCUCAACUUUCUUUCUCUAUCUUGCACUUGGACCAACAUUUACCGACAAGGGGAAGUUUCUUUUAGCAGCAAGGAGGUAUAGACAUGGCACUCAUAUAGAGUAUGUAAUAUCCCUUGAUGCUGAGGACAUAUCCCAAGGAAGUAAUGCCUUUGUUGGAAAGUUAAGUUCGGACUUUCUUGGCACCAAUUUUACAAUCUAUGAUAGCCAGCCACCCCACUGUGGCGCAAAGCCAUCAAGCAGCAGAGCAAGUCGCCGAUUUGGAAGCAAGCAGAUAAGCCCACAAGUGCCAGCUGGCAAUUUUGAGGUCGGACAAGUCUCUUACAAGUUUAACCUCUUAAAAUCACGAGGUCCUAGGAGGAUGAUUUGCUCACUGAAAUGUCCUCUGUCGGGAGAAACAGUGGAUGACAAGCAUCCUGAUAAAUCCAAGACAAAGAUGACAGAAUCUGCUGCUUCUGGGUGUACAAUUUUAAAGAAUAAAGCUCCAAGAUGGCAUGAACAUCUGCAGUGCUGGUGCUUGAAUUUCCAUGGUCGGGUGACAAUAGCAUCGGUAAAGAACUUUCAGCUGGUUGCAACUGUCGACCAGAGUCAACCAGGAAAGAAAGGAGACGGGGAAACAGUUCUCCUCCAAUUUGGGAAGGUUGCAGACGAUACAUUCACCAUGGAUUAUAGGCAGCCCCUGUCAGCCUUUUUGGCUUUUGCUAUAUGCCUCACGAGCUUUGGCACAAAAUUGGCAUGUGAGUGAUUUUUUUUUUCUUUUUAUGUAUUAUAUAUUUUAUCAUAUUAACAAGUUAUGCUACAUGUUUUAAUAUAAUUAUUUUGCUUAAAGUCUCUAAGAAGUUUUAUUUGACAGAGCGCAGCAAAUGUACAUGCUCCUGUUGUGUCUUGUGAUUUCUGAAAUUAUUGCAUGCAAGGAAAUUGGUGUAGCUUAUUCGUUUUUAGAUAGACAUUCAAGUGUAUUUUACAAUUUCGACAUUCAAGUGUAUUGUACAAUUUCACGUAUUGUGGAGCAUUAAGAUGCGCAUUUGAGAUUUGAAUUGCAAUUAACCUUUCAUAGUUUC